UACACUUGAUCAUUUCCGCUCACUUCAACAAUUAUCAAAACAAAGAUGGGCGACGAAAGAGAAGGUUUAGAUUACAUAUAUGUUGGCUGCUACGAUAGGCGUAUACGAAAGAGGUUUGAUUACAAUUAUAAAGAGCCCGAUCGGGAUAAUAAAAUGUCUCCAUUAGUUUGUGUGAAACAUUGCCAACCAAUAGAGCGGAGUAAGGUUUUUGGAAUAACGCGUGGUGACAUGUGCAUGUGUGGAAUAUUGUACCGAAAGUGGCAUUUUCCAUACACCUUCGAUACGCUCGAGCGUUAUAAAGAAAACAACACUGAAUGUAACAUUGAUUGUUUUGGUAAUAGAGGUGAAAAGUGUGGUGGUAGUUCGACUUAUUCCAUGUACAAAAUUUUAACAGACACAAGUUCACCAGUGCCAACUUCAAACCCAACCACAGCAUAUGCACAAGGAAUAACUACUGAUGAUUUAAAUACAACAUCUUCACCAAUCAAGAAUGGAAGAACAACAGAACACGGAAUAAAAAAUAGUAUUGUUGCAGGUGUUUCAGUUGGAGUUGCUUUAUUUUUGAUUUUGGUAAUACUACUCGUGUUGAUUAGAAAAAGGUCAAAGAAAAAUGUUUCAAGAACUUUGCAAUCUAGUUAUAAUACAGAUGAAUCAGUGCGAUAUGACAACGUUCCACAGUCUAUACAGGGGGCCUACAGCCCAUAUGCAACGCUUACUGUUUCUACUGUUUCUAAUGAUUGUUCGACCUAUGACGAUUUAAUGCCCAAAGAAGUAACAUAUGAAAAUACCGAAACGAUGGCGACAAACUAUGUAGAAUUGGCUAAAAACACAGAACACAAGUCACGAAAGAAAAAAAGACGAAAAAGAUGAUUUAAGUAUAAGAUAUACACGUUCUAGCAGUGACCAGCAGAUGAUUCUUUUCCAAGGAAUUUAUAUCUAACAUUUUCAACUUUCCUUUACUUGUUUUAUAUUUUGAAAUCUUCAUAUUUUUCUGGACAAUGGAUUUAAAAAAUUGUCGAUCAAGACCAGUCCCAUGUUUGUCAAUAUCAGAGAUUACAAUACAUGAACAUCUCAAAUACAUUUCUAACAAAAUA